GGGGCUGUGCCCGCCUCUGCCCUGGGGAGGCCGCAGCCGUGCCAACCCCGGGGCCACUGGCUGCUGGCCGCAGGUCUUGGCGGCGCAUCCAUCUGUCUGUCCACAGGGACCAGUGCUGGACGGCAGAGUCCUGCUCCGCCCUGGGCGGCCCCUCAGAGGAGGGGCCCGCCGCCCCCUCGCCGGCCGGCGGGUUUUAACGGGCCGUGCCGGGGCCGAGCGGCAGAGCGGAGCGGGAUCAGCGGCAGAGCUGGAGCGGCGGGGCCGGCAGGGAGGAUGCAGCCGGACCUCCCCGUCGGCGACGCGGCGCUGCGCAGCCCACCGGCCCCUGAGCCGGCCGGCGGAGCCUUCCCCAGCGCUGAGGCCACCAAGCCACCCUACAGCUACAUCGCCCUCAUCACCAUGGCCAUCCAGAGCGCGCCCGAGCAGCGCAUCACCCUCAGCGGCAUCUACCGCUACAUCAUGGGCCGCUUCACCUUCUACCGGGAGAACAAGCAGGGCUGGCAGAACAGCAUCCGCCACAACCUCUCCCUCAACGAGUGCUUCGUCAAGGUGCCCCGUGACGACAAGAAGCCGGGAAAGGGCAACUACUGGACCCUCGACCCCGACUGCUACAACAUGUUUGAGAACGGCAGCUUCUUGCGGCGCCGCCGGCGCUUCACCAGGAAGAAGGGUGUCCGGGAUGCACCAGGCACUGAGGGGGACGAGGGGCUCAGGAAGACCCCCCGACAGCAGGCACAAGGGCUGCCCGCCGCCCCGCUGCCGGAGGAGGGGAAGGCAGAGGGGGGCUACAGCUCGCCGUCGGCCACCGGACGCCUGCCGAGCCCUGCCGCUCUCUCCGACGGUGCCGGCGUGCCGGGGUGUGCUGAGCCCUGGGCCCGGCGUCAGCCGCCCAAGGCCAGGCAGCCCUGCCUGUACCUGCCGGACGUGGCACAGCCCAAGGGGCCGUUCCUCACGCCCCCCGAGAGUCGCCCGCCCAAGGAGACUGCCUUCGGGGGGCUCCCGGCGGCGCUGCAGCUGCCCCGGCCAGGUCAGUACCCACUGCCCAGCGAGCGCCCGGCCCAGCACCAGCACCCUGCCCUGCUGCCCGCCCUGCUGCCCACCCAGCACAGGGACCCCCCGCAAGACUCGCCGGCCACCCCAGACACCCCCCCAGAGCAGCUGGAGGGCAAGGAGCUGGCUGCCCCUGGGUUGGGGCCGUGUCAGCCGUUCGGGCAGGUGGCACCGGCAUUCCCUGGCAACCUCCUGGGCACGGGCAAGCCCUCCCCAUCCUGCUUCCUGGAGGGAGAGGGCUACACGCAGCCCCACCUGCCCGUGUUCGGCUCCUUCAGCCGGCCGGGCCCCGAGGCGCUGGGCAGCAGCUAUCAGUGCCGGGUGCAGGCGCUGAGCUUCUGCGUGAAGGAGCGGCCCUGCGGCACAGCGCUGGAGCAUCUCCUGGCUGCAGCCCCCCAGGCCCCCAGCGCCCCCCGCCAGCCAGCCUUCGGGGCCAUGGGGCCACGGGCAGGUGAGCAGAAGGAGCCGUGGGGGCCGGGGACCACGAUCCCACUGCAGGGGGGUAACGGGUACCCCCUGGGGCUGCCCCCCUGCCUCUACCGGACACCCGGCAUGUUCUUCUUCGAGUGAGGGACUCCCCACCCCGGGACAACCCAGCGCCUAAUAAAGCACAUUCCCCAACGCUGCCUCUGUGGUCUCUGUGCCCCAUUCGAGGUGGGCAGUGGGCAGGGGCAAGCUGGGGACCCUCAGCCCAAGGUGCUGGCUGGGGGACACAUGUGCCCAAGGCCACCUGGCACAGCCACCAUCCCCACCAGUCCCUCCGUCAGUGAUCACUGACUGGAUGGUGAGGGCACGUGGGGAUGGGGCAUGGCCUGGGUCAGGGCACCUACACCCAGGUCCUGCGUCCCAGGGAGAUGCUGGGGACAAGGUCUGGCCACAGUGUGGGGCCAGGAGUCCCUGAAGUGCCAUCUCAUGGGAAGGGGGAACUUUGCCCCUGGGGGUCAGGGGGAUGUGCUGCAGCAGAAGUUAUCCCCCAGCGGAGCCC